AAGACGAGCCAUGGCCACCUUGGUCUCUUUCAAGCCUCACAUGCUCAUGGUUCUAUCUCAGAUAGGCUAUACUGUGAUGUAUAUCAUCACUGAAGCUUCCUUCAACCAUGGGAUGGAUCCCUCCGUCUAUGUCACUUACAGGCACAUCGUAGCCACUCUUGUUAUGCUGCCUUUCGCCUAUUUUAUGGAGAGAAAAACUAGGCCAAAGCUGACAAAGGCUAUAUUCGUUGAGAUUUUCGUCCUUUCUCUACUCGGGGUGAGUUUAACUCUAAACAUGUAUUUCACAAGUUUGAAGUACACAUCUCCAACACUGCUGGCAUGUAUGGUUAAUACCAUAGCUUCCUUGACAUUCGUACUAGCAAUUAUACUCAGAUUGGAGGUUGUAAAUAUCCGUAGCCCCCGUGGGAUUGCAAAAAUCCUAGGUACAGGGGUGUCGUUGGCAGGUGUGAUGACGAUGACAUUGUAUAAAGGAGGUUCACUCAGAAAAAUAGGAGAUGCACUCAUUCAUAUAAAUGGAAGCACAUCAGUCGUUCACGAGAAUUGGUUGAAAGGAUCACUUCUUGUAGUUGCAAGCUGCAUAACAUGGUCCAUUUGGUACAUCAUGCAGGCAUAUACUUUGAAACGGUAUCCAGCGCAGUUGUCUCUAACAACAUGGAUGAAUGCUGUUGGAGCAGCACAGUCUGCUGUAUACACGGCGGUCGUACAACAUGAACGAUCUGCAUGGACUAUUGGCUUCAAUAUUGAUAUCUGGUCUACCUUAUAUGGUGGAGUAGUCAUUUCGGGUGUGGUGACCUAUGUGCAGCUGUGGUGCAUGGAAGCUAAGGGACCGGUCUUCGUCACUCUCUUUAAUCCCCUUUCCACACUGCUAGUUGCGCUUCUCUCCUAUUUUGUUCUUGGUGAAAACCUAUAUAUUGGAAGCAUAAUCGGUGGUGGUGUUGUAGUAAUUGGACUAUAUUUGCUUUUAUGGGGUAAACAACAUGAUGAAUCACAAAGGAAAGAGACUGAAGAUUCCAAGGCACCAAUCUUCUCCCAAGAGGAAAAUAAUUUCAAAGGAGAAGCAUAGAUGUGAGGUGGAUCCAAAGAAUACUUCAGCAUCAAGAUUGACACAAAUUCUAAUAUCAUAUUGAAAAGUAGCAUAGAUGUUUUGCUAGGCAUGUUACGCUUGUUUAAUUCAAGGAAGUGUCUUAAGAAUGAAC